UUCAUGUGAGCAGCGAGCACACGCUUGGGCUACUAGUGGUAUUUAAAGCGCAGUGAUUGAGAGAGGCGGGCGGUCGGCGCGUUCACGGAGACGCUGGCUAGCUAAAACCAAAACAAAACAGCGGGAAGGGGAAUAUAUUUCUACACCGUCGCGUUUGCUGGGGUUUUAUGGCGCUGGGGACGCGUCGUGUGUGGAGAGUGGAGCUGUGAGGAGCGCAUACCAUCGUUUAUUGUGUUAUUUUUUUUUUGUGGGGCGAGGGCCAAACACUCGUCUGUUCUGGAGGGAUUAGCCAGGGAUGCUGAUGAUGCUGAUGAUGAUGAUGUGUGCACUUCCUGUGAGUUUGGGCUAAACGCUUUUUUCUAUCGUGCUAUCGUCUAAGUGCAGAGCUGCAGGACGGUCUUCUGAAAGAAAGGAAGAAGAUGCUUUUAAAUUGAUGCUCCACCCGUCCGCCUCCUGCAUCUCGGGUUACUGACGAGGACUAAUCUCCCAGGGUAAAAGUAAAGCUGUUUACAGAUCCGUUUAUUUGUUAAGCCUGCUCUCACAAGCUGGGAAACAUGGCUGUGGCCGGAGAGCUGAGUGGAUUUGUCUGGCUGAAAAUAAAGAAAUGUUAAAGGACCUAACAUUAAAGGUUGUUUUUGGUUUUUAAAGCUUUUUUUAACCUCCCCCAGUCCAUCCAUCAUCUCUGCAACCCAUCCACCAGUGGUCAAACAUGGGUAAAGACGAGUGCAAAACCAUGCUGGAUGCCCUGAACAAAGUCACAGCCUGCUACCGGCACCUGGUCUCAGCUCUGGGCAGCACCUCAGACUCGCAGAACCUCAGAGAAGAGCUCAAGAAGACCCGCAAGAAGGCUCAGGAGCUGGCCGUGGCCAACAGGACCAAGCUGACAGCCGUGCUGAAGGAUAAGAGCAUCAGCAACGAUGAUCGAGUGGAGUACGAGCGCCUAUGGGUGCUCUUCACCAGCAGCAUGGAGAUCCUGGAGGUGGACAUGAAGCGCUCCCUGGAGAUCGGCCAGAGCUUCCCUCUGAAGGUGCCCACCCGCCACUUUAUCCAGACUGGCAUGACGGGCAGCACCACCACGGUGGCGGCCAGAGCCAUGAGCGUGCAGAACAUGAAGUACGAGGCGGAUGCUGGCAUCGACACGGCCGACCUCAGGGAUCUGGAGACCGAGAUCGCCCAGGUGGACCAGAUGCUGGAGGAGAUGGAGAUGAAGGUACAGGUGGCGCCGUGGGCUGUGGAGGCCAAGCAAGAGGCUGGCGCCGAGCUAAAGUCCACCGUCAGUGUGGGCAACUCGUCUGUGGGGGUCAUCUCCGUAUGCGAGGAAGAACCCAAGGAAGGUGGUGAUGGAGAGGCUGGCAUCAUGAAGAUCUUCGCAGGCAUCGUGUUCACCGCUGUCUUGCUCAUAGCUGGAAUCCUCGGGUACUUAGUGAUCAACCUCUGAAGCAGGAGUCUUCAGACACCACCAGUCUUAUGGGAUGGACCUUCUCCAGCACUUCAGCUCAGCUCAGCACAGCACACAAAGCACUGUUUCACCUAUACAGCCUGCCAACCAACUCACGCCAACACUGCCCAGGGUGUUUGGGGGGCUGAUCGGAUUGAUUGAGAGGGGUCAGAUUGCACUAUAUAGAGCCUAGCACUGUCUAACUCGAUUGAGGAUGGACACUGGAGCUCCCAGACAGCCCAAUCAUCAUCUCUCACACUGUGGAGGUUUUAUAAUGUUUCUAAUGCAGUAUUAGUACAGGCUACAGUACAGGAGGGAAAGAGGAUUGAGGUUUUUACCCCAUACUGUGAGGAAGCAGGACAAAGCAAAAAAAUGAAGGCAUUGUGCUGAAGCGUGCAGUGGUUGAAAUUACACAAAAUACCUUUGAAGAUACGAGGUAUGGAAGAUAGAAAGAGGAGAACAGGCUAGGCAUGAUGGAUCUUGGCCUUUGAACCGUGUUCCCAAACUGUUUUGUUGAGAAAUAUUAGAACUAUUCAGGGCUUUUCAGGUUUGUUGAUGAGGUUUUGUGCACUGUGUAGAGCAAGGAACUUUGAGAAACCAUGUUGACCAUGUAGACCAACCAGAUUCCUUUCAGCCUUAUGGAGAACCUGUCAACUGAGACAUCCAGAAUAGGUUCAGCUUAUCUUGUUAAGAUGUAAACAAAGCCAUUCAGGGUCUCAGAACUUGUCUACAGGACAGUUAUAGCGUUUUAAUCUGUCUAAAAUGAGCAGAGAACCUGCAAUGCUGUCUGGGGGUUUAAAUGUAAUAGCGAUUACGUUAAAGUGGAGUGGACAAAAGAAGAACCUUGAAAAACCAUGUAGACCAACCAGAUCUAACCAAAACUUCAUUGAUUUCUUGUUAACACCCAUCAUACCAGACAGCCAGGAAGACUUCAGCUUCAUUGUUCAUUGUUGAGAUGUAAACAGAGUUGUUCAGGAUGUGAAAGAUGAUCUACAGCACAGUUAUACUAUGUUAAUUACUGUCUUUGUACUUCAUUAUUGUAAGUCGGUUUGGACAAAAGCGUCUGCCAAAUGAAAUGUAAUGUAAUGUAAUGUAAUGUCUUAAACAACCAGGGAAAAUACACAUGCUGUGUGAGGUAUUAAAUGUAAUGGAGAUCAUGGUAAAGGGGUGAAAAAACAAGGAACCUUAAGAAAUUUUGUAGAUCAACCUAAUCUAAACAAAUUAAUUCUGAAAAUGUUGAAAUUGUUUACACCACAAUUAUAAAAUUUAAUUCCUGUCUGAAACAACUAGGGAACUUACAAAUGCCUUCUGAGGUUAUGAUGUGAUGGUGAUUAUAUAAAAGUAAAAAAAUAUGUCUUUUUUGUCUGUUUUAAUGACAAAAUAAUCUUUUGGAAACUAUUUUGCCUUAGCAUGCCCUGAAUGUACCCCUCCACCGAGAUUGAAUUUAAAGCCAACAUCUAGGCUGAAUGUAUUGCCAAGCUAUGGUAAACCACUGUGUCAGGCAUCAGGCAGAGUAUCUGUAAUCAUGUAAUGCAGUUACUUUCUGUAAUAUAGGCAUUUCAGCAAUCUGUUUCCAUUCAUCAGUUCUGUGACUCUGUAAGAUGGAAUGACUUUGUUUACGUCUUAACUUAAUUAUGCACAGAUUUUUGAAAAUCCGCUGAAAUUCCCCUUUAAGAAUGUAAUGCUGGAAGGCCCAGCUAUGAUAGAAUUAUGAAAGGAAUAUGAUCGAGUUAAUAAGUGCGCUAUAAGCCUCAAUCUCACAAUCAUAUUUAGGUGCACCUUAACUCUUCUAGCUCAGCAAACGCACAGCAACCCACAGCAUUUAUAUCAGGAGAACAGUGUUACACUUUUUUUUUCAAGCCAGUAUUACAGACCAGUGACUGUGUCCAAGCUUCGGACUGCACGCACGGUUCCUUACAGUGUCUCAGCUCUUUACAAAGCCCCUUUAGAUUGUGCACUAUGACUUUAGGUGUAUCUGUGCAUUCUUGGCAACAGAUGCAUAGUGAAUUUGUACAUAAUGCACUGAUGUGGAAAUAGUGUACAUACAAUUGAAUAUAUUUAUUACAAUAAAUGAUGUGAGCAGC